AUGGUUCCCUCUACCAUUACCUCUCUGGCCCUCGGCUUCCUUGCUGCCAUCCCAAUGGCGCAUGCAGCCGACUCUUCUCUUCACUACAGACUCCGUGCCCGAGUCACCGGGCCGAAGAACGGCACAACACCGCCAGUCGAUGGCUGGCCUGUGGAGGUCCACCGACUAGGAGUCCCAACCCGUCUGCCGCCCGACUACAUGUGGGGAGUCCUCAUCAACACAACCUUCUGGGACAGCCGUGGCGGCGACGUCUUCUACACGCAGCCAUUUGAGGAUGGCAAAGCGCACAUCAGGACCGAUGCCCCCAACGCUGCCAACGAAGUGACUCCCUUCGGCAUCACGGCGUUGGCCGGUUCGGACAAAUACCCAAUGGACGGCGUGGAGAUGGCCGCCACACGAUACAUUACCACCCCGCCCGAGGACGUCCUAGAUAUCACCGUCGACGACAAGAACGUUCCGUUCUUGUACAAACCAGGAGUCGAGAAGGCGACGUUCGCUGCUUGCACCGGCCUCUACCAGGAAUGGGCGACGUUGUACUGGAUCGAUGUUGGCAAAUACGGGACCGAUCCGAUUCACAACACCGGCCCCGAAUACCAGGAUUGCGUCCAGGUUGAGCUCGUCCCUGAGUGCACAUCCGAUGGACCGAGCUAUGACAGAUUGGAGGAAAGGCCUUGCGUUGCGGAUAUAACGACGGUUUUGUGA